GCCAGUUUUUGCUGCCAGGACGGAUUUGUGCUAACACGCCAGUAGCCAAGUAGCCAGUCUAAACACCAGUAGUCGCAUAUACUGUCUUGCUUACCGUCGCUCGUCGUCGCUUACGGUCGCUGAUCUUCCUCAUGGAGGCACUGCAUUUCUCCGUACAAGCAGCCACCGCUCUGGCUAGCGGUUUGAGUCGCGAUCACCUCAGACCAAGGAGACGAGCAGUCACCGCUCAAGCCAGCGGGGACAGCACGUUCACGAGUCCCAAGGCGGGAGCCGUGGGAGCGAAGCGGCUGCAGGAGGGAGCCGCUCCAGGCACAUACUUCGGACCCAAAAUCGACAACGGCAAGCCAAUCACUGUAGAAUUCGACCUCGGAUCCGACACAAUCACAGUGGAGUCAAGGGAGGGCGAGAACCUUCUGCAGCUGGCUGAGAGAUGCGGAGCCAUGAAGCCCACUGAGGAGUUCUGCUUCGAAGGGACGUGCUGCCACUGCGAGAUGGAGGUGGAGGGAGGAGCUAGCGAGGCCGGGUAUCGUGCCAUGGGUGGCUCCGACCUCAUUCGCAGCUGCAUCUGCCCUGUGCCUGGUUGCAAUGGUGGCUCCCUUAAAGUUCGCAUUCUCAGUGAGGAGGAUGCAUGGGGGGAUGGUGUUUUGUAAAGGCCGACAAUGCUUAGAAUGGUAGGAUUGGAUUGAUGUGGUGAAGAUGGAUGGGAUGGGAGGAAGAUAAGAAGAUGGCAAGAUGGAAGAUGGUAUGCCAUAUGUAGAUACUGUAGUACAUGUUGGUGCAGGGUAAAUAAGAUGUUGCAAGCCUUUGCCUGGUGUGUUUCAAAUGUGCUGUGCAGAAUCUCCCAGGCUUUUAUGCCUUUCGUACUGACCUGCACCAAACAUGCACACAGGUGCUCAAUCCAACUGUCAAGAGGAC